CACACAUUUGUCUGAUCGAGUGGCAAUUCCUUGUCAGCUUGGACGAGGCUAAAGAGCGCUCAUAGUGGUUUCAGUGAAUCUCACCUCGGAUCACAGCUUUUCAGUGAUUUUUUUCUUUGUUCUAUCGCUAGAGCCAUUCGAUAGCUAUGGAGUGUGCCCCAUUGCGUCUCUGGACCGCUAGGGCGGAAUUCGCAUCCCAUUUGCAUAGAUUUGCAGAUGGGCGAUCGCGGCGUUGUGGCCUCAAUCGCAUUGCUCUGGUCAGAGUGAGAGGUAAGCAGCGGUGGCGCUGUCUCGAGCCGGAGAAUGCCACCACUGCCGAAUUCCAAGAGAGGGAUUUGGCAGAGAGGGAUUUGCCUCCAGCGAGCAAUGAUCCUGUCAAGUAUUACGUUUCUGGAGACAACGCCAUCGAAGCAACAGAAGGACUGCUCAAGGUUGCGAGCACUGCUACUAUUCUCGAAGAUAACGCACCUGAAGCACCGGCUUUCCUUCAAGACGAUGAUAGCACGAAUCUGGUCGAGGAAAUGCGCCAGAUCUUUGCAUUUGCAGGUCCAGCUCUGGGGAUAUGGCUAUCUGGUCCGAUUAUGAGUCUGAUAGAUACGAGCGUGGUCGGCAUCACGAGUUCCAUAGAACUGGCCGCUCUUGGACCUGGAACGGUGGUUUGCGAUGGGCUGGGCUAUUGUUUCCUGUUCUUGUCAGUUGCCAUCUCAAAUCUUGUGGCAAUAUCGCUUGCGAAAAAGGACGAAACGGAGGCAGCAAACCAUCUAGCGAGGUUUCUGUUCGUUGCGGUUUCCUGUGGCGUGGUGAUGUUCACUGUGAUCAAGCUUUCGUCCAGAACGAUGCUUCAUGCGUUUGUUGGGGGAAACACUGCGGUUAUUCCUGCGGCCGCGUGCUACGUUGAUAUUAGAGCUUUCGCUUGGCCGGCAGUGCUGGUUACGAUGGUUGGGCAAGGUGCAAGCUUGGGGAUGCAGGACUCGGUAAGCCCUCUCAAAGUGCUAGCAGUCGUAAGCCUCAUCAACGCUGUAGGAGACGUCCUGCUGUGCACAUUUCUUGGAUACGGUAUUGCUGGUGCGGCCUGGGCGACAAUGCUAGCGCAGUAUGUUGGGGGGUUCCUGACGCUAAAGUCACUGAAAGACAAGGGCUAUGAUCCCCUGGCGAUCAAAGUCCCUCGCAUGGAAGACCUCGCUCAAAUGAUCAAAAUAACGGGUCCGGUCCUUUUGACGAUGCUGUCCAAGGUAGCUUUUUACACAAGUAUCACAUUUUUUGCAACUUCACUAGGCGCGGUGACUCUAGCUGCUCAUCAGGUUAUGGUUGGGGUAUUUUCAUUGUUUUCGGUCUGGGGAGAACCCCUGGCUCAGACUGCACAGUCUUUCAUGCCCGGACUGCUUUGUGGUGGCCAACAUAAACAGGCACGAAGGCUGCUACAAAAGCUCCUCGCCAGCGGCGUGGUUUUAGGAAUAGCUUCAGCGGUUGUAGGCAUUUCGAUUCCAGUCUUCCUUCCGCAGCUCUUUACAAAUGAUUCCGCAAUCAUAGAAAAGAUGCACACCGUCGUCACACCGUUCUUUUUCAGCAUAGCGCUGACUCCGCCAGCCCUCGCUCUCGAAGGAACGCUUCUGGCUAGCGGGGAUUUGAAUUUUCUGGGGAUUAACAUGGCAUUUGCUUUUGUGUGUGGAACUGUACUUAUGCUGGUAUUUCACAAGCUUGGCUUCGGCCUAAGCAGCUGCUGGUGGACCAUGGUCUUGUUUCAAAUGAGCCGAUUUAUUGCGUCAUUUUCGCGUCUGACUUCAUCCAAGAACAUCCUAAACAACAUUUAAGUAAGUUAUUGUAAGAUAAACUUGAUUAAGUUUGAAUAGGGAGACCCAGGAAGAAACAAUGAUACUUUUCAAACCACUAUAAAUUGUUGUGAAUGUAAGAUUACAAUGUUUUUACAAUAAUAGUCUUUAUCUUAA